AUGGCAAGUGAUGCACCAGUCCAUCUCUUCGACAUCACGUCGACCCUGCCUGGUUCCUCAAAAUCAUGGUCCCCCAACACCCUCAAGACCCGAAUGGUCCUGAACUACAAGCGUAUUCCCUACACUCAGAGCUGGGUCUCCUACCCUGACAUCGCGUCUCUCCUGUCCUCCCUCGCCGUACCCGCCAGCCCAGGACGAACCCCUUACACCCUCCCCGCAAUCUGCCACAAGCGCACCGUCAAGUCCAACCCCACCGGCACCCUCAUGGACUCCUUCGCCAUCGCCUGCCACCUCGACCAGCACUAUCCCACCCCGUCGCUCUUCCCCUCCGGCGACGCAAGCUACGCCCUCACAAUCGCAGUCAGCAAGCUCACCGGCAACGUGGCCGCGAAGGCGCGCCCGCUCAUCAUCCCCAACGUCGCCAAGUUCCUCGAUCCCAAGGGCAGAGAGUACUUCAUCAAGACCCGGUCCGCGUCGUUCGGCAUGCCGCUUUCCGAGGUGCGGCCUAAGGAUCCCCAGCGGCUGAAGGAGGCUACGGAUGAGAUCAAGAAGGAGAUGGAGGUGCUGGCGCAGAUGCUCCGGGGCAGGUUGGGGAAGAAGGGGCCCUUCUUCGAAGGGGAUAGGGCUGGGUAUGCGGAUUUCAUCGUGGUUUCGUUCCUGGCGUGGUGUGAGAGGGCCGAUAAUGAGCUGUGGCGGGCGCUGCUGCAUGUCGGUGAAGGGGAGAUGAAGGCCUUGUGGGAGGCCUGUUUGCCGUGGGUUGAGGGACAGGGCGAGGAGAAGGACUGGCCGAUUGCCCAGUAG